AUGCGGGAAGUGAAAGUAGGCGAAACGGUGCUAGAUAUUAAUAAUGAUUCUCCGCCGUUGGCGGGCUAUCAAGAAAGCAAACCUAACGUUUAUUCUAAUUUGUAUCCGGGUGAUAGUUCGCAGUAUAAGGAAUUUGAGAAGGCUUUGGUCGAAUUACAAGUCCAAGAUAGUAGUUUAAGUUUGGAAAAAAUUGACUCGCAAUUAUUAGGUCCGGGUUUCCGUUGUGGUUUCCUUGGCUUGCUUCAUCGAGAAAUCAUUUGUGAGAGAAUGCAAAAAGAAUAUCAAUGCGAAAUAAUUAUUACUCCUCCUAGUAUUAUUUACCGGAUAACUUACCAAAAUGGUAAAACUGCUGAAAUUAUUAAUCCGCAAAAAGUUCUUCCGAACCAGAAAAUAAAACUUAUUGAAGAGUUGUUUAUUUCUUGUCUUAUCACCACUCCAUUAGAAUAUUUGGGAGCAAUAUCGCAAUUAUGCCAAAAUAAACGCGGGGUUUACCUGUUAUUAAACAAGCAAAUAGUCGCAGAUUUGUCUUUUUUCGUUCACGAAAAUUUUGCCUACGAGCGUGCCCGCUUACUUUGCGAAAAAUUAAAAACCACCCUUAAUCCCCAGAACUUUGUAGUGCCUAUCCAAGCCUGUAUUGGCAACAAAAUAAUUGCCCGGGAAACUUUGCCCGCCUUAAAAAAAAAUGUUACCGCUAAACUUUAUGCCAAGCAAAAAUCCGGCAAGAAAAGAAUGCAAGAACGUGGCGAAGUUCGGUUAGGAGCCGGAACGCUCCGGGCAAUUUUGCGUAACAGCAGUUAUAAAUAG